AUGGCGUCCACGACCGGGAUGAUGCACGACGCGUUCUUCGUGGGACGGAACGAAUUGAUCGCGUGGGUGAACGCGCUGCUCGCGCUGCGGCUGACCAAGGUGGAGCAGUGCGCGAGCGGGGCGGUGUACUGCCAGAUCAUGGACGCCGCGCACUGGAGCGGAGGCGGUGGAGACGUGGUGCCGAUGCGCAGGGUGAACUUCGAGGCGAAGAGCGAGCACGAGUUCGUGCAAAAUUAUAAAGUGUUGCAAUUGGUGUUUGAGCGAAUGCACGUGGCGAAGAACGUGGAGGUGCAAAAGUUGAUCAAGGGACGGCCGUUGGAUAAUUUGGAGUUUUUGCAGUGGAUGAAACGCUAUUACGACACCGCGACGGGGGGGGCGGGAGUGGAAAACUCGACGUACGACGCCGAGGAGCGACGGGCGUGCGCGCGGGGAGGGGCGGAGACGACGACGACGACGACGACGACGACGACGACAGCGCAUCGAGGCUCGAUGACGACGACGAGUGGGGCGGGAGCGACGUCUGGGGCGAACGCGCGAGCGACGACGGGGAACGGCGCGAGCGCGCGAGAAAUGACGGAGACCAACACCGCGUUGGCGCUUCAAGUCGAGCGCGCCGAGCAAGAGCGAGAGUUUUACUUUGAAAAGCUUCAAGACGUCGAGUACGUGUGCCAACGUCCUGAGUUUGAGAAUAAUCCGUUGAAAAACGUCGUCGAACGCAUUCUGUAUCACACCGACGGCAAAGCCGACGUGGACGCGAUCAUCGCCGAGUGCUUCGCCGAGGAGAAAGAGACGACCGCGAACGUCGUUUCGAAGGACGACGCUCCGGAAAGUACGCCGCCGAAAGCGACUGUGGUUGAAGUACCGGUCACGCUCGAGGCUAUCGAAACGAAAUUGGCGGCGACGACGCUCGAUCGCGUGGAUUCCGGCAACGCCGUCGCCAUCGGGGCGUCGCCGCUCGGCACGCCGCCUCCGAUGUUUGACGAGCCCACGUCCGCGUGCGCGACGAGACCGGCGGUGACGCAUCGAUCGCCUCUUCGAGACGCAAACGUUAUGGCGUCGCAAUAA